UUGAUCCAUAAUUUAUCAACACCAACCAACCAACCAACCAACCAACCAACAACAAGAACAACAGAAAGAAAAGAAUGUUGAUCCAAAAUGGCAAUCGGAUUUUCAUUCAAAUAACCGUAUUCAUAUUAUUGAUGAUGAUGAUGAUGAUUACCAUAUCAUAUCAACAUGGUAAAAUGAUGGAACCACCUGCACGAAAUGCAGCAUGGCGUGCUGGUUUCCAUACACAUAUUGAUUAUAAUGAUAAUGAAUUAUUUUGCGGUGGUUUAACGACAAUGUGGAACAAAAAUCAUGGUAAAUGUGGUAUUUGUGGUGAUUCGUAUUCAUUGAAACAACCGAGGCCAUACGAAAGUGGUGGUAUCUAUGUGAAUAAUAUUAUUGUACAACAUUAUCGUAGCGGUUCAACAAUCGCUGUAAUUAUUUUUAUAUCAGCCAAUCAUAAAGGCAAAUUUUUAUUCAGUAUUUGUCCUCGCAAUGAUCCACAUAAAUUGGAAACGGAAGAAUGUUUCAUACCUUUAAUGGUGAAUGGAGAAAAGUAUUAUCGAUUAGAAUCAAAUAUUUUUGGAAACAUUUCAUUAUCAGUACAAUUACCAUCGAAUGUUGAAUGUAAACAUUGUGUACUACGAUGGCAUUGGCGUGGCGGUAAUAACUGGGGAAUAUGUCCUGAUGGUAAAGGCAAAAUUGGUUGUGGACCACAAGAAACGUUUCGUAAUUGUGCCGAUAUUUCUGUUGGCAACAUAUUUGAUGAUAAUCAUGAACAAUCAAAUGAUACAACAACAACAACAAUGGAAAAUGAAGAUGAAAAUGUUGACAAUAUCAUCGAUAAUGAAAUAUUGGAUGAAAUUGAUGAAUCAGAUCUGGUCAUAAAAAAUUCAAAUAUUAAUCACAUUGAAACUAGUAAUGAAAAUUCAAUUGAUGAUGAUAGUGAUAUUCGAAAAAUUCCAAAAAGAUGUACAUGUACCUGUUCAGAUCCGAAUAAGCCAUUGCCAACAAUUUAUCAUUGAUUUAACAACUUUAUCACCACCACCACCAUCAAGUAAUAUCAAUUCACAUGACGAAUGAUGAUCAUAAUCAUCAUCAUUUUUUUCGAAUGUUUUUCACUUUUGUUUGGAGCCAAAUUA